UAUGGACCAGUAGACAGACUAAAACUGAAGCUGACAAGACUUUGUACGUUUUGGAAAGAGGUGCAACCUACUGUAGUGAGGAACUGAGCCCUUCAAUCAGUGCAACAGUAAAGAAGAGACAGAAGAGAAAGAAGGAAGGAAGAAAGAAGAGAGAGAAAAGGAGAAAGAGAUUGAGCUUUUGCUGGGGGCGGGGAGUGAGAGCAUUUUUGGUGGAUGGUAUAAAGCCCGCCAUGGAAACUACAGCAGAGGAAAAUACAGAACAAAGCCAAGAGAAAAAAGGUUGCUUUGAAUGUUGCAUUAAGUGCCUCGGAGGAGUUCCAUAUGCUUCACUUGUGGCAACAAUUCUCUGCUUCUCUGGGGUAGCAUUGUUCUGUGGCUGUGGUCAUGUGGCUCUUGCUGGCACCAUAUCUAUCCUCGAACAGAGUUUUUCCACAAACGUCACUGACCACGCUUUGUUAUCUGAAGUAAUAAAACUCAUGCAGUAUGUGAUCUACGGAAUUGCAUCCUUUUUUUUCUUGUACGGAAUCAUCCUGUUGGCAGAGGGCUUUUAUACAACAAGUGCGGUGAAGGAGUUGCAUGGUGAAUUCAAGACAACUAUCUGUGGUCGUUGCAUCAGUGGAAUGUUUGUCUUCCUCACCUAUAUCCUCGGAGUGGCCUGGCUUGGAGUCUUUGGUUUCUCUGCCGUACCGGUCUUUAUGUUCUAUAACAUAUGGUCAACUUGUGAAGUCAUCAGAUCACUCCCAGCAAAUAUGACAGCUUCAGCGGACCAAAUCUGUGUGGAUAUCAGGCAAUACGGAAUCAUCCCAUGGAAUGCUAUACCUGGGAAGGCAUGUGGGUCAACCUUAGCAGAUAUGUGCAACACACCUGAGUUCUAUUUGUCUUACCACCUAUUCAUUGUGGCCUGUGCCGGAGCUGGUGCUACUGUCAUAGCACUGAUCCACUUCCUCAUGAUACUGUCCUCUAACUGGGCCUACUUAAAGGAUGCAAGCAAAAUGCAGGCUUACCAGGAUAUCAAAGCAAAAGAAGAACAGGAACUUCAGGAUAUCCAGUCUCGGUCCAAAGAGCAACUCAAUUCUUACACAUAAAUGUUUGCCAGAGUCCUUUUUUCAGAAGAAUUUUGUAGCUCUGACAAAUCAUCAAAGAGAUGUUCUGCAGACCAGAUGUAUGUUCAAAGAAAUACAGAAGUUAAAAAAAACAAAACACUUCACAUUCAUGCUCCUGGGCCAUGUUCAUAGGGAAAACUUCCAGUGGAUAUCCUUUAUUCUUUUUAAGCACUGAGUUGGGAGGGGGAGGGGGAGAGCAGGGUCCUUAUUCUAGGCCACUCUGGGGGGGGGAACCAAGUUACCAAGCAUGACAUCUUCAUGGAUACUCUUGGUAAUGAUACAAGAAUCAAUGAAGGAGCAUGCUCCUUCACAAACUGGAUACCACCGUUUGUAUCCUGACCUGCAACAAGAAGAUUUUUAAAGGCUGUAUAUAAUACACAGGUGUAAGUAACCAAGACUCUAGUACUUUACUAGAUAGCUGUUCCUUUUCUUCUCAAUACUGAUAGUUGUACUUAAUUGAUACAAUUUCAGGAAGUUACAAAUUGGCUUCUUCAGUCUCUGUCAAAAUUGAAACUGGAUUUUGUGGACUAAAUGCCAGCAGUGUUGGUUUCUGAGCCGCUCCCUUUUCAACAAUGCUAUAAUGAGCCACUGUUUGUUGUACUGCACUUAUUGGAGUAAGCUGGGUGCUAUUGACCCAAGGAUUUUUUUUUAAUUUUAAAGUUUGAUGGAAUGUAGAUGGAUGCUUGAAUCAGGACAAUGGUCUCCUCCUCAGAAAAUAAAUGUCAGCUUUGCCUUAAUGUUUAUUUUCUAUAAAUGUCUUAAGCAUUUAUACAGUAGUAGGAGAUCAUAAUUCUGUCUGUAUUUUAUCAAAGUGGACAGUGUUACCUUGUGGAAAUGACAGUAAUUUAACUGUUUCAAGUGAGCUGAUGAGAAUUUCUUUAAAAAAAUUAAAAAUCCAUAGCCAUACAGAGCACACAGCUCAGCCACCCAUGUCAAUUUUGGUGCUCAAUACAUUUAUAGAUGAUACCUACACAUUCUCUUACAAGAAACUUGGUGUUCAGUAAAAUAUUGGGUGCCAUUUUAAAACUGCCACAAAAUCUGCCUUCUAGCAUUUUCAGAAACAUUCAGUGCUAGCUUGAGUACUAGUGAUGGUAUCUUUGGUGUGCUAUUUUUUUAAAAAAUAUAAAUGUUGGAGAAAAUAAAGUACAUCAGUGAGUUUUAAAUCAGUAAAGAGUCAAGUCAUACAUCCAUGUUUUGAAUGUUUGCUGAAUAUUAAGAUGCUCCUUUAUACCAUGCAGAUGUGUAUAGAGAUAAAAGUACGCAUUUCUUUUAAGAGGUUAAAAGAAAAUAAUAUUAAUGUGGAAAAUAAUUCAGGUAUUACCUUGCAUUCAAGUUUGUUACUUGCCUAAUUUGACGUUUUCUUUUUAAAGAGGCAAAAUCUAUAUAGAGCAGAUAAAAAUAGCUUAGUGUUUGUUUUUACCUGUUGCAUGAAGGAAACAAAUUUCUACAGCAAUGCAGGUGAUGUUCUUUCUAGUCCAGUGUUUGCAUAAAGGUAACAGACAGUGUCUUAAAGCCUAAUUCUUUUCUAAUUCUCUGUAGCUAUUACUGGGAGUUUUUUGAAGUUUUGUUUAAGUAGUCUAAUAUUUUUUAUGUAAAGAGCAUUCAAUUUUGCUAUGUAUAAAUUUUUGUAACCUAACCGUGAAUCAAUAUUUUCUAUCAGUGCCAAGGGCUUCCUGUAGUUAUAUCCGAGUGUUACAAUAAAUAUUUGUAGAUAAUA